ACAGAUGAGGCAUAGAAAGCAGAGGUUUAUGGGGGAAGAAUUGAGCAGGACAGAAUGAUGAUGGCCGCUUCAAUGGCUCUGCUUCAGCAAGCGAGCUCCACCCCUUUGGCCCGUGCAGUGUUGCGCCCUCGUUUUAGCCUCGCCGUUGCCACAACCUCGCGGCGCAACCUAUCUGUAUCUUCUCCCUCUUGUGACCCUCACGUCCUUCUUGGCAUGUCCGCCGGGCUUCAACAACUCGCUAUCGACUUCGGCCAGCAAAGCUACAGAGGGAAGCAACUUCACCAUCUAAUUUACAAGAGAAAGAUCAACGAAAUUGAGAAUUUUAUUCAACUGCCUCAGGCGUUUAGAAAAGACCUUCAGGAAGCUGGAUGGACGGUUGGUCGCUCACCAAUUUAUCGCACGGUCACGGCAGCUGAUGGAACUAUUAAAUUAUUGAUACAAUUAGAAGACAACAGAUUAAUUGAAACUGUUGGUAUACCAGUUGAAGACGAGAGAGGUUCAAUGCGUCUUACUGCAUGUGUGUCAUCACAGGUAGGCUGCCCAUUGCGUUGCUCAUUCUGUGCCACAGGGAAGGGAGGGUUUUCAAGAAAUCUCAAAAGGCAUGAAAUUAUAGGGCAGGUGUUGGCCAUUGAAGAGAUCUUUAAGCAUAGGGUGACAAAUGUAGUGUUCAUGGGAAUGGGUGAGCCAAUGUUGAAUCUUAAAUCAGUGCUUGAAGCACAUCAAUGUUUGAAUAAGGAUGUGCAAAUUGGACAAAGAAUGAUCACAAUUUCCACUGUGGGAGUACCAAACACAAUAAAAAAGCUGGCUUCUCACAAACUUCAAUCGACACUGGCUGUCAGCUUGCAUGCUCCUAACCAGAAACUUAGAGAAUCAAUAGUGCCAAGUGCGAAAUCUUACCCUCUGGAAGCGAUUAUGAAGGAUUGCAGGGAUUACUUCGUUGAAACUAGUCGACGGGUAACCUUUGAGUAUGCACUAUUAGCUGGAGUCAAUGAUUCACUAGAGCAUGCUGUAGAACUUGCUGAGCUUCUUAAUGAGUGGGGACGUGGUCACCAUGUGAACCUCAUACCUUUCAAUCCAAUAGAUGGCUCUGAUUAUAAACGCCCAUACAGAAAAGCGGUCCAAGCAUUUUCAGGUGCUUUGGAGUCUCGUAAAAUAACUGUUAGUGUACGUCAAGCCAGGGGAUUGGAUGCUAGUGCAGCUUGUGGUCAGCUAAGAAAUGAGUUCCAGAAGAGUCCUUUGCUUUCCAACUCCAACAGCUCACAAUCCGAAUCAGACAAAAUUACAGUUGCUUGUUGAUUGAUGCCAAACAUGCAUUCUCUGCUCCUUGCAGCUCUGCCAAAUGUGCUUGCAUACCAUACACCCCUAUUUGCCUUCUCCAUCUUCAAGAAGCUCAGAGAGAAACUGCUGAUUGAUAAGGCUUAUUGAAGCUCUGCUAAUCGUAAAACAGUAGUUGUGAAAACUGCAAGAAUAUAGUUUCCUUUACAUUAGAAAUGCUGGAGAUACUGAAUCUGAGUAGGCUUCUAUUGCUGCAAGUGAGGAUUAUUUAGUCCUUGUAUCUGGGCUUCAUCAGCAAAUGCGGGCAAAUUUAAUGUAACCAUCUGAUUUAACAGUUGUGACUUUCUCGUGCUUGUACUAGCUAAAUUUUUGUUGGUAAUUUAACAGCUGAAAGAGCGUAAAAUUAGCCAU